AUGUCUCACUAUUUGGAUCCCUCGUCCGGCGAGGCUCUCGAUCAGCGUCUGGAGGUCAUCUCUUGGUUGACACUGUCGUACUUUCUAAACCUCUUUUUUCUCUUAUUCCAGUCAGUUGGACUCAUACACUAUAUGUACAUUACACAAAAAUGGUUUGCUUAUAUAUCAUUUCUUGACUUAUUGUGCCUAAUCCACUGGAUUGCAUCUACAAUGCCAAAGAUGGUCGGUUACAAGGGAUCUACCUGUUGGGUACUUUACAGCAGAAUAUUAACGUUAAAGUCCUUUUUAAUAUACUUUUGGAUUUUACCAUCGCAAGUUAUCGCAGAGGGUGUCUUCAUUCACUCUCCGGGUGGAGCAACGCUGGAGAUUAUGCUCUUGCUCCUCCUUACACCUACAAUGUAUAUAAUCUUGGCAUUUAGCGCUGGAACACACUUAUAUGGUAUGAGCGCUAUUUCAACAGAGAGGCUAAUACACACUGAUAUGAUUAUUCAUGUUGUUUUUGACCUGCUGGAUAUUAUAGAUGUUUUCCACAAGUUUUCAAUAGACUAUACUACUGUUGGAAAUUCUUACGUUUUUUACAGGGUCUUCUGUGGGAUUUUUUUGGCAGCUCCGAUAUUUUUGCAUGGGUACAGCUUCCCAUCAAUGAGUGGAUCUUCUAGGAUUAACACGAAUCCUGUCCUUCCAUUUGGUGUAAAUACUGAAAAUGACAUUUAUUUCUGCAGAAAGUACGCUGCAAUCGUUGGGAUUUGUUUUGUAGAUAUGCCCUUUUUAUUCAUAAGGGUAUAUGCAUGGCAAUCUUCCAUCCAUUACACUGCUUUUGCUCCAUUUAUGUUAAAGAACUUUUGCUUCUUUUUUCUACAAGCUACUAGGAUAAGGCAUUCUUCAAUCGGUAUUAAAUCGCAAGAGUUGUUUCAAAAGCAUGACCAAAGGAAGGAAGAGGAACAGGAGUUGAGACCGCCUCCGUUUCGCGGCAGUUUGCCUCGUAUAAGCAAGGAUCUAUUUCAAGGGGUGCAGACGAGUGAUCGAUUAAAUGGCCUGCCAGAAAACUUCCUGGUUGAUAACAUCAAGUUUAGGCACCUGCUUCAAAAGAUCAUGUUUAUGUUCAAUGUAGGAUUCAAAGCUGAUUUACCACACAUGUUGGAUUCUCAUUUGGUGUUUUCAUUUUGGCAUAGUGUAUUACUUACACUCCCUCAUGUUAUACACACAGUUACAAAGUGCUCCAUUCUUGUGGUAAUGUAUCACCUAGUUGGCGAUGAAAUGAAGGAUAUAAGUCAGAUAUUCGGUUUUGAGGGGAUUUGGAAUAUUGGAGAGUCAGAAUCAUAUGAUACUCUCCGUAUUGUUAUAAUCCUCAUAAUUACAUCGGGAGUUAUGGCCUUUUUAACCUGGAUAUUACUUGGACCCUUUUUGGAUGCUCUUUAUCUGGCUUUCUUCUUGGUAGUACGUUUGUCAUCAUUUACACUUGCCUUGGUUACACUUUCACGGUUCAAUAAAUACGCACAAGUGCUGGUGGUAAUGUCAAGAUACGUUGGAAAUCCCAUAGAUUAUGUCUUUUUGAUUCUGGGAAUUAGCCCUUUUGUGAGCCUUUUGAACCAUCUUUACCCAUUUUUAUGCAUCGCACUUGGGAAGAAUGUUAUUUACUUUAUCAAUCCAUCGACAUACAAUAAAAGAUCUCGCAGACUUCACGAUACAUUUAUGCUUAUCAACAACACUCUUGCCCUGGGUGCAUCGAUUGAACAUGAUGAAACAUGCAAAGUAUCGUUGGCUUCUCUCAUUCUUCUCACAAAUGCUCGUAAUAUGACUGCAACAUUUUCAAGUUAUUCACUUUUGGUGGGCCCAAAUUUGAUAAAAUCGCAGAGGUUACAUUUUGGUUUGUUGAAUAGUCACAAACGUAAGCUUAUUGUGCGUUUGAUUUUAUCUACAUUUUGUGUUUACCUUGUAAAUGUGCACACUGAGUUGCCAUACACAUUUGCAACGACAGUGUUUAUUUUUGACGUAUUGUUUACGGCAUUUUACAUUUUUUAUACAAUGAUACAAAGAGAAAUUGCCUUGGAUGCCAUUGAACUCCAGCUGAUUUCUCUUGACAUUAUGAAUGGUUCUAAAAUUGAGGGAAUUUAUAAAAAGUAUUCCAAAAACGAAAAGUACAAGAUUUGA